AAGAAGAAACUUCAUAGAAAGCCAGGCAAAGAGACUUAUAGCAUGGGAUGCGUCUUGAGUUAGUACCUGUGGGAUGUAACCUUAUAGCUCCUGUCAUACUGACUCUCGUCAGGCUUCUGUUAACUCUCUGAGACAGCUUUUAUCUUCAUUAUGAUAGGCCUUGGCAGACAGGCUGCUCACUGCUGCUAUUUGCUAUAACUGUCUGGAAGGAGGUGCCACAAUCUGCAGUUGAAAUUAGAAAAAAAAAUAAUACAGUGCUUAAAACUUUAAUACUUUAAGAGUUUUUAAAAAGUACUUUAAACAGUUCAUAGCUGCUAUGAUAAAGGGAUCUAAAAAGGAUCCAAAAGAACAUGUAGAGCGAGUCAUAACACUGUCACUUGACUCAGAUGUUCAUUUAGACAACAAAAUUCUGAACUAAAGCCUGUUGAAAUCAUUAGAAAGAUUUCCAUGAAUUCAAACAGUUGUAUUCACAGCUGUGACCCCUCAUUCUGACCUGUCUCUGUGCUUUCUGUAAAUAUGUAUAACAAGCCCAGAUCUGAAGAGCUAUCUCUAGCAUAAAACUCCUUACCUGGCUUCCAGUGUGUUGCGAGGAUUAACUAGGAUUAGAUGAUGUUUGCAAAGAGUUAUUGCAAAGAGCAAAGUCAAUUAAGCUUGUUCUGGACUGACAGCAGGGACCUGACACUAAAAGCUGGGGCUAUUGCAGAGGGUAAGAAGCUCAGAGGCAGGGGUUGGUGUUGAAAGGACUUCUCAGAACUAGUCUUUCUUGCAAAGCGAAAGCGUGAAAGGGUAUUAUCUCUGUUUAUAAUUCCUUAUCACUUGAGACAGUUUAGCUACCAAGGAGUUUAAAAGGUCUCUGCAACUUUCUAUUUGUCUUUGUGGCUGAUGAAAGAUUGACUGGCUCGUAGGGCGCUGGACAGGCAGGGUUGCUCUAGGGUUGCUACAGCAACUUGAUUUUUCUGUGAGGAAGGAGCUAAGUUAGCAGGCUCUUCUGCAGCUCUCCAGUUCCUGGCGGCCAGAGCAGUGAGAGCAGCUCUUCCCCCACACAGCUACUUUCAGGAAGAUCAGUGAGCCUAUUGGGAGCAAGAAGUAUAAAAAACAUCAAGCCUUGCAGGGAGGAUAUUUUCACGUUGUCUGUCUGCACCCUGACAAAGGAGAGGAAUGGCCUGUAACAGGAACUGUGGGCUCCUCACUGGGGCCAUCAUCGGUGCUGUGCUGGCUAUCUUUGGAGGGGUUCUGAUUCCAGUUGGAGAUCACCUAAUAGGCAAAGCAAUAAAAAAGGAAGCUGUCAUUGCAAAUGGUACCAUUGCUUUUCAAAAUUGGCUUGUGCCAGGAAGUUCAGUUUACAGGCAAUUUUGGAUUUUCAAUGUGGAAAAUCCUUCAGAGGUAUUAGAGCAAGGAGCACGUCCAAAACUUGAACAAAGAGGACCUUACACAUACAGGGUGCGAUAUUUACCCAAAGAAAAUAUCACGGAAAACUCUGACGGCACAAUAUCCUACAUGUUGCCUAACGUUGCUCGUUUUGAACCUGAUAUGUCUGUUGGGACAGAAAAUGAUACCAUCACGUGCCUCAACCUUGCUGUUGUUGCUGCUCCUGCUGUGUAUACAAACACUUUUAUACAACUGCUACUGAACACUUGGAUUAAGUCUUCUAAGUCACAAAUGCUGCAGAACAGAACAGUGAAAGAAUUACUGUGGGGAUACAAAGAUCCCUUCUUAAACAAGGUCCCCUUUCCCUUGGACCCAGUUCUGGGAGUCUUCUACCCGUACAAUGGGACAUUUGAUGGACUUUACAGAGUCUAUACCGGGAAAGAAGAUAUUAGAAAAACAGCAAUAAUUGAAAGUUAUAAAAACAAAAGGAAUCUUUCAUACUGGGAAGGUCACUGCGAUUUAGUUAAUGGCACAGAUGGAGCAUCAUUCCCACCAUUUGUUAAGAAGGAUCAGACUCUGCGCUUUUUCUCCUCCGAUAUUUGCAGAUCAAUCUAUGGAGUUUACCAGGGCAAGCACGAGGUGAAGGGAAUCUCACUCUAUCGUUUCGCAGUUCCUCGUGAAGCUUUUGCAUCGCCUGCUGAAGUCGGAGAUAAUUAUUGCUUCUGUACAGAUCAAGUCAUUUCACAGAACUGCACAUUAGCUGGAGUCCUAGACAUCAGUGCCUGCAAAGCAGGAAGACCAGUGUUUAUCUCUCUUCCACAUUUUCUUCAUGCAAGUGAAUCUAUAUUGAAUGAUGUCGAAGGCCUGAGCCCAAAUGAAGAGGAACAUGAGACAUUUCUAGAUGUAGAGCCUAUCACUGGCUUUACAUUACGAUUUGCAAAAAGGCUGCAAGUAAACCUCCUUGUGAAGCCCGCACCAAAAAUUGAAGCUUUAUCAAAAGUUCAAAAACCUUAUAUUUUUCCUCUUCUUUGGCUAAAUGAGUCUGCUGUUAUUGGAGAUGAGAAAGCAGAAAUGUUCAGAAAUAAAGUCACUGGUCGGGUCCAGAUGCUGAGUGUGCUGCAGAUGGCAUUAAUGAUCGCAGGUUCUGUGCUGUUCGUCGCCUUCUUGGGUUCCUAUUUCAUAUGCAGAUCAAAGAAAUUAAAAUAACCUCAAUCUUCCAGGAUGCUAGUAACACACUCAGGAGAGGGCAUUGGGAACUAUAUCAGAAGACCAACAUUUUUUUUCCAAAACACAGCAUUAUUGUUGUGAGUUCAUGACAAUAGACAUUUUAUCCAAGACUGCUAAACUGCUCAGAAGUGCCUUCUAGUACUUCUCUGCGACAGAGGCCACACAGCUGCAGAUUCCUCUGCUCUUCCAGGACAUACCCAUGUUUAGGGUUCAGAGAACCCACUGUAAAUGUCAUUUUUUAUUGAGUGUUGGUUAGGGUUUCUCACUUCUCUCAGGCAUGCACCAUUGUCAUGCUGUACGAGCCCACUAAGACUAAAUAUACUCCUAUCAUGGGUAGAAUAACUAAGUGGUGGAUUAACGCACUGACAUCUAGGAAAACAAGCACAUUUUCUGAGUGAUUUAGAAGAAGUGCAGAGACAUGAAUGUUUUGGUGAAAAAUAUGUUGUAGUAAAAAGACAUUUAUAAGACGAAGACUUACCUCAUCACAUGCUGAAUUCUGAUUUUAUUUCACUACAGGCAACAAAAGACUUCAGAGGUAGUCAGUGUUUAAUAGAACUUUCAGCCGAGCAGUAUGUUAAAAUUCAGAGACAAAAGGUAUGAUUCAAGGCACAGUCGGUCCACAUGCUAUGGAAUUCAACAUGCUUUUCCAUUUUGAGAAGACCAACUCACUAACCCAAAUAAGCUGAUGUUUCCGAAGGCCCAUACUUGUGAUGUCACUAAAGAGGCCACCAUGGAAAAUAAGCUUUCAAAUAACUUUGAUUAUUUGAACUUUGUUACAAAUUUUAAAUGACAUUCAAGCAGACUGAAGUUGAGGUGCAGUUGGAUUUUAGUCAACCUUCCGCCAUUUAUGCAACUUGCUACUUUUUUUCUACUGAGACUUGCAAGACAAAUGGAAGCCAUUUGCUGACGUUCUGUCUGUGAGCACAGAUUGGGAAUGACAGCACCUUUGAGCUCAUUCUGUGCUCUAGAUGCUCUCAUUGCAAUAUUUCUUUCUGUUCCUUCAAGGUAUGGAAGCUGCUGCAAUAGAACUGCUCUCUGUCCUCUAUUCAGGGAUGUGAAUUGCGUUGAAUGUGAAGUUUAUUAUGUAAAGUUACUAACUGUAAUACGUGAAGUUAAUAAAAGACUUACUAAAAUAUGUGGUUUAUACAUUUUAUAUGGAGGUGGCUCAGACAAACGCCAUAGUCAUUCAUAUGUUGAUGGAGCUCAUCAACACUUGGCUCCACAGCUGUUUAGUCAUCUGAACCACUCCCUAACACCCAACCUGCUCAGCUGCUAAUUUUGUUGCCUCCCAUGUGCUUUUCUUUCUGGCUCUUGCUUGAACACCAGCUUCUGCUCUGCCCUAACCCCCCUUAGCCCAAGGCCUCCCCUAGAGAAUGAUCUGAUACGGAUACAUCACCUUUAAGGUCAAAAGAAAAUAUUUCAGAAUGUUCCAGACACAGGAAAGACUGAGAUAAUUACUUGGAUCAAACAUCAGAGGGUUCAACUUCCUUACUAUAGAAGAACUUAAAUGAAAACAGGUAGUCCCAAUUCUUUAAUGAUAAACCAUCUGCCACAAGGAAAUUUGUGCAAGCAUUUGUUUAAUGAGGUGCAUCAGCCUGUAGACAGGUAGCAAACACUGCCAUCUGCAUAAAUGCUUUACUUUUUCAUUUAAUCUGAAUGCCAUAUCUUAGAAAUGAGAGUUACUGGGGCAGCUAUUCAGUGUUGUGGGGUCUCUCCUUUUCCUGUGGAUUCUCUGAAUUCAGAAUGGGAUCCUAAGUUCAGCACUUUCUAUGAUUUCUUCUUGGAUCUUUUGUAUCCUUGAAUAAGAGCUGCAAAGAAAAAGAAAAAUCAAACAUGUCCAGCCUCUCAUAGCCUGGUGUUUGGAAAUAAUGUUACAACGGACUUUAAACCAGAAAGGUUUGUCUUGCUGGUAAAGGACAAUAUCUUUGGCGGGGUAUCUUUAGUAAGGUGCUUUUAUCCUUCAGAAAUAAAGGGAAAAAAACCAACAGACUAAAGUGCUGUUGUUUUAAUCCUAUGUUCCUUGUGGACAAAGUUACGCAGCUAUCAAUAAAGCUGAAAAAUCACGGAAGUCCAAAGAGAUUAUUUUUGAAGGCAAAGUCUAUUGGGUACGUUCAAAAUAAUGGCAGGAUAUGUGGAGGCAUGACACUCAAGGGAAGUUCUGCUCUCAGACACCCCAUGCAUUUGGUUGUUCAUGGUGCUUGUUAGUCAAAGAAAAAUCAGACCUUUCUCUCAUCUUUACAUUGUGGAUGGUGUCAUAUGUCAUUGUCUGUUCCCAUAUAUCAGUCUGGGGAUAGUUUGACACAACUUAAGACAUCCUUAGAGUCCUAUGGACUAGUCAAAAGGUAUGAGGACAUCUAAAGUCAUUAAGUCACCUUCACUGAAACAAGUAUAACUCUGCUAUGGUUCAAGGUCUGACACCAGGUUCUUAUUAUAAAAUUAGUCUUUUGUGCCAGAAUCUAACAGCGACACCUUUUCACAAAAACAAACAAGCAAACAAUCAGUAAUGCCUCUGUCAUUUUUGAUACAAUAACAUUUCAGCUUCAUUUUCUUUGGCUUCAAGUCCAUUGUCAGCAAGUUUGUGUUUGCUCUACUAGUGCUGUUUAGUGCCAUGUCAUGCUCCAGCAGCAGUGAUCCAGCAAACCAGGCCAUGAUUUUAAAUGUCUCAGGGCCCAAUUUUGCAUGCACAAAAAUACAUUUGUUCAUAUGUAUAAUCUCAUUGAUCUCAAUGUAGGUUUGGACUUUUAAACAAUGUUCAGCACCUAUAUUGCACUUGAAUUAUAGUUAUUUUAUCCAAAGCAUCAGUUGCAGUUAUUGUUAAUUCAUGUUAUUAAGGCUAGUGUUAAAUAUUUACAUUUGUUAAAAUAAUGCAGGAUAAACAUUUCUUAGAAAUGUUAAUGAACUCAGUAAAAGGAAAAUAAAGCUCAAACUCUUCUUUCUGAGAACCUGAUGUCUAAUUGUAAAUAAAGUCUUCCGUGUCAAAUAA